GUAACAAAGGAGCUGGGCGGAGCCUCAGCCGGAGAAGUGCUGGUUGAAGCCGGUGCGCGAGCCGCCCCCUUCUUAUUUAUUUUGUCUCUGGGAGCUGCUCCUCUUUCUUCUCCCGCCCGCCCGGUGCCCCGGUGCUCUGGUGAACCCAGCGGCCAAGCGCACACACCGGGUGGGCAGGCAGGUAGGCUGGCUGGCUGGUUCACGGAGAAGGCGGAGGCAGCGGCUGGUUCAGGUACUGUCAAGCUGUAGAAGAGAUUACAACUGACUAGCCUUUAACAGGAUGAAGACAAUUUUGAAGAUGGCAUGCCUAAGAAAUUUUAAAAGAUGCCGACCACCUGAUUGAAGAUGGUGGUUCUGUGUCUUAUCCCAUUUGAUUAGUAAAUUGCCAUUGUUCCAUAAGCAAGUUAUGAUUACCUUAACUGAACUCAGAUGUUUAGCAGAUGCCCAGUCAACAUACCACAUCCUGAAACCGUGGUGGGAUGUCUUCUGCUAUUACCUCACCAUGAUAAUGCUGCUUGUUGCUGUCCUUGCUGGAGCUCUCCAGCUCACUCAAACUAGAUUGUUAUGUUGUCUUCCUUGCAAGCUUGAGUUUGACAAUCAUUGUGCAGUGCCUUGGGAUCUGGUUAAAAACAACCUUAAUGUAUCCUCCAGCUCUGCAGCACCACUAAUUCUCCCUCUUAGAAUCCAGAAUUAUCUUCAUCGACAGCAGUAUUCUUAUAUUGAUGCUGUGUGUUACGAGAGAGAGCUUCACUGGUUUGCCAAAUUUUUCCCAUACUUAGUGCUUCUUCAUACUUUCAUUUUUGCUGCUUGCAGUAACUUUUGGCUUUACUAUCCCAGCACAAGUUCAAGGCUGGAACACUUUGUAGCCAUACUACACAAAUGUUUUGAUUCUCCCUGGACAACACGUGCCCUGUCGGAAACAGUUGCUGAACAGUCUGUGAGGCCUCUGCCAUUCUCCAAAUCUAAAACCUUUCUUUCUUCUCCAAGCAACAUAGCAGAAUUGGAGAACAAGCGACAAUCUGUGUCCUACUCGCAAACUGGACUGGAAACAGCUGGAAGAGAGAGCCCUUCAAAUGUGCUAGACAGAAAAGAAGGGGAGCAAGCAAAAUCAAUAUUUGAAAAAGUGAAAAGAUUCAGGGUGCAUGUUGAACAGAAGGAUGUCAUUUAUCGCGUGUACCUACAACAGAUUGUGAUCAAGGUCAUUGUAUUUACAUUAAUAAUGAUUUAUGUUCCCUAUUAUUUAACCUUUAUUACACUAGAAAUUGACUGUGUUGUUGAUAUUCAAGUCUUUACUGGCUACAAGAGAUACCAGUGUGUUUAUUCAUUAGCAGAGAUUUUUAAAGUGCUAGCUUCAUUUUAUGUUGUUCUAGUGAUCUUGUAUGGCCUGACAUGCACUUACAGUUUGUUAUGGAUGCUGAGAAGUUCACUUAAACAAUAUUCUUUUGAGAAGCUGAGGGAGCAAAGUAAUUACAGUGAUAUUCCUGAUGUAAAAAAUGACUUUGCCUUUAUUCUUCACUUAGCAGACCAGUAUGAUCCUUUGUAUUCAAAACGGUUCUCAAUAUUCCUCUCUGAGGUGAGUGAAAAUAAAUUGAAGCAGAUCAGUCUAAAUAACGAAUGGUCUCUAGAGAGAUUGAAAAGCAAGCUGGUACGAAAUUGUCAGGACAAGAUGGAACUUCACCUUUUUAUGCUUAGUGGUCUUCCAGAUGAUGUCUUUGAACUCACAGAGAUAGAAGUUCUAACCCUAGAACUUAUUCCUGAGGUUAAACUUCCUGCAUCUGUAAACCAGCUACCCAUUCUCAAGGAACUGAAUGUUUAUCAUUCAUCAUUAACCAUAGAAUUCCCAGCACUGCACUUCUUAGAAGAGAAUUUAAAAAUCCUACGUCUAAAGUCGGCUGAUCUGGGAAAGAUUCCACGCUGGAUCUUCUAUCUAAGAAACCUGCAGGAAUUGUAUUUGACUGGAUGUUAUGUGCUAGAACACCAGAAUGGCCUCUACAAUGAGGGUUUUCAGGAUCUUGUGAAUCUGAAAACAAUUCACUUAAAGAAUAGCCUUUCCCGCAUACCUCAGGUGGUUACAGACCAGUUGCCUUCACUACAGAAAUUAUCUAUUGACAAUGAAGGGAAAAAACUGCUAGUGUUGACCAACUUGAAGAAAUUACUUAACCUGAGAACUUUGGAAUUGAUCAGCUGUGACUUAGAGCGGAUUCCACAUUCUAUCUUUAGCCUGAAUUAUUUGCAUGAAAUAGACUUAAAAGAAAAUAAUAUCCGAACGGUAGAAGAAAUAAUUAGUUUUCAACACCUUGAAAACCUUUCUUGCCUGAAACUGUGGCACAACACAAUUUCUUACAUCCCAGUGCAGAUUGGAACCUUAGCAAAUCUGGAGCAGCUCUAUUUAAAUCAUAAUAACAUCAAAAAAAUCCCACCACAGCUCUUUCUUUGCAUAAAGCUACAUUAUUUGGACCUUAGUUAUAACAAGCUGACAUCUAUUCCUCAUGAAAUCCGGUAUUUAACAAAUCUGCAGUACUUUGCUGUAACGAAGAAUCAUAUUGAGGCACUUCCAGAUGAAUUAUUUCAGUGCAGAAAGCUGCAAUAUCUCCUUCUGGGACAUAACAGUCUGAUGCAUUUGUCCCCUCGAGUUGGUGAACUCUCAAACCUUGUUCAACUGGAGCUUAAAGGAAACUAUCUAGAGUCUCUUCCUGCUGAGCUGGAGGAAUGUAAUUCUCUGAAGCGGAGUUGCCUAAUCGUAGAAGAACACUUGUUAAAAACCCUCCCACUUCGGGUAACAGAACAUAUGCAGAUGUGCUUGGACAAAGUCUGAGAUGCUCUGUGUACAGGAACAAAACCCUCUUGAGCAUUUUACAUAAUAGCUUUAAAGGAAAGUAUACAUGGCGAAAAGUGAAAUGCAAGAAUUUUGUGGCUUUUUCUUAAGUCUGCAGCUCUUGGCCUAAGUCUCUAUUGAUAAGAAAUUCACAUUUAAGUCUUGUCAAUUAUAUAUUAUAUUAUCGUGAAUAACUUGAAAUUUAAAUCGAUGAGCAGAAAUUAAUCGUAUAUUCAUGGUUUUGAGUGACUGGGAAAGAAAAAUAUAUAGUUUGUCUGAGUCUAACAAGGGUCAUUUUUCCAUAAUUUUUUCUUGGAAUAAUUCUCAAAUAAUUUUCUGUAAAGGCCAACAAACAGCAUAAUAUCCAAUUGUGUGAUCCUGCUUGUGCAAACAGGGCUUAGCAUUCCUUCCACUCUGCAGCCCCUCAAUUGUCCCCAAAAUCUGCUUUGAAGGGGUGGGAGACCCUCCAGAGCAAAUUGGGGGAGUGUGGGAGACUGCAGAACCAGGGAGGAAGAGGGUUCCUGUUGCAGUGGUUGGCACACACCAUCAAAUCUUGCACAUAACUUUUCACACAUGUUCACCCUUGCUGGAUGGUGGUGGAAGAGAGGCUGUUCGUGAAGGCUAUCCUAUAUAAAACACCACUCUUUAUUGCACUGAGGAAGUUUUCAGAGAGUUCUGCAACAGAUGAUCUUCACUUCUAUUUACAAGUGAUAUGGAACAAUUCCUCAGGAAUUUCUUCAACACAAGCUUAUUGAAAUUUCACUGAAGAAGAGUUCCUAAACUGUAAACUGUGUCCAGAAUAUCCCACUUCACUUCAUUCUGUUUGGAUUCCAUGUUAUUUUACAUUGCUCUAAAGUAGUGAUAAUGGAAUAAACUAUGGAUGAUAUCUGACCACAUUAUACUCAGGGUAGUGCCACUCAAUGCACUAAUAACUUAAGUCCAUUCAUUACAGUGGGUCUACUUUCAAUAUGACUUAGUCAGAUGCCAUCCCAUCUGUGAGCAUAGAGGAAUCCAGCUGGGCCUUUUUUUAAAGGUGGAAUUGAAUCUUGGACAACUAGGCAAAUAGUCAUUUUUAGCACGAUAGAUGUCACCUAUUUUGUGUUAUGAUUAGUAGGCAUGUGCUUGCCUACACAAAUAUAAUUUUCUAGCACUGGCCUCUAACCUUAGGGCAGCUAUAGAACUUUAGCAUGUCAUGUGGAAGGUCUUUUUCAGUACAUGGCUAUUUUUUAGUGUUUCAGUAUUUUCUUGCACCUCCCAGUUGGAGUUCUGAUGUACUACUGGAGGGAGAUGUCAAAGAUGUACUUUAAGUUCUAAGCAAAUAAGAACACUGCUGUUUUUAAGUACUUAUGGAUUAUGUAGAGAAUUUUUCUUACCAAAAACAUUUUUAAAGCUAAGAGAUGGAUAACCCUUUAAGCUUGCUCCUUAUUCAGUAGCACAUGUUAGGAAAACUGCUGUAAUUUGAGGAGUGUUCAUAUUAUACCAGUCUUUAUGUAAGUUCCUACAGCAGAUGAAAGAUUAUGUGCAAAUAUAGUAGGUUGGAUUCAGACUUAUGCUUAAAGCAGCCCCAUAGAAUAAAUAAGACUUAAGUCAAUCAUGACAAGUUAGUCAUGACUAAUUUGUCUCACUGGUUUCAGUCAAUCUACUCUAAGCAUGACUAAGUCUAGCUACAAUUCUAUUUAUGUAUUAUAUCUACUUCAGUGCUGUUCUGAGACAUCUUUCUUUGUUUGCCUCCCCUGAUUAUAAAAUGUAAACUUAUUAGCAUGCAUUCAGAGAAAGCAUACCUUAUAUUUCCAUGUGAUGUAGUGUUCCGUAUGCCGAUUUUGUGAGGUUGAGUGACAUCAGAAAGGUGUGCUUUUGUAACUAUUUUUUAUUUAUUUUUUUACUUUGUUUCUUUAAAAAUAGCUCACUUUAUCUCAGAAAAACUAAAUAACUAAACAAAACUAAGUUAAUCUCUCGAACAUUAUCUUACUAUGUUAACAUCUAUCUAUCUCAAUUAUUACAUUCCAAAGACCUUUUUAAAUAGCUCUCAGGGAACAAAAAAGAAGUUCUGUAUUUUUCAUGGAUCUGGUACAGAUCCCAGUCUCCCAGGGUUUUUUUUUCCAAGGUGGGGUAUUUUACACAUCAACAUGCCAAGCAAUAUCCUUCUGUUUGGUUUCCUAUUAUUCAAAUCAAGCAAGUUGUGUUAUAUAACGGAACACUCAUAUGCUUAAUACAUAGGACUACACUGAGAUAGGACAGUGUGUGUGUCAGAAUUCACCCUAGAUGAGGCUUCUUUCAUGUCAUGUAAAAGAUGCAGAUCUGGAAUAACAUGGCAGUCAACUGUGUUGCUGCUCUUGAUGAGUUUAUACUAGGAAAAGGUCAUUGACAUGAUUAGCUUCUUAGCCCUCACAUUACCUCUUUUACCCAUAACAAAAUCAGCUACAGUGUACUCAAGCUUGCCUCUCCUUUUAUCUUUUACUUCUUUCUAGCUUUGUUCUUGCCCUGCUCAGUUUCUGAUGUUUGCCUGUGAACAGUCAUCUCAUAAAUGGAUGGCAUUAAUCUUGGUGUUAAAUGGCACCACAUCAAAACAGUUUAAAUCACUGUAGUCAGAACUGUGUGAAUAGUUAUCACUCACUCACACACACACACACAGUUUUAACCUUAAUUGUGUUUCAGAAAUUGAUGGACACCUUUAUUUUUUUGUUGACUUUUGUUUUAAAAGCAGGUCUUUAAAAUGAAAAAACAAAAUCCAACUGGGCAUUUUUAAGAAUAAUCUCAGCCAUAUGCAUCUGGCACUCUUCAUUUUAACUAUAUCAUGUGUUGGUUCAUUUUUUUUAGUAGUAGUAGUGCAUUGAUAUAGGAAUAGCUUUGAUUUCUUGAACAUUCCCCCCACUCAGAUUUUUAUGCCCUAGCAUAGGGAUAGCCAACAUGGUGCCCUCCAGAUGUUGUAGACUUCCAUCAUCCCUGACCAUUGACUAAGUUGACUGGUACUGAUGGGACUUGUAGUCCAAAUCAUCUGGGGGGCACCAUAUUGGUACCCCUAUUCUAACAUUUUGCAAUACAUAGUGACAACAACAACAAAGGCUUCUGUGCUGCAUUCCUCAAGGAUCUGUGGGAACAGGAAAGGGCUGAAAGUGUGAAUAACAUUUGCAAAGAUGAUCUCUAUAGCAUAUGGCUAUAACACACAGGUAUGAGUACAUGAUAAUUUGCCUGAUCAUGGCCUAACUCUGAAUUAAAUAACUUGAGUAUAAGAAUUUUCUCCUUUAAAGUGGGACAUUAAUCAAACCGAUGUUUAAAUCGUACUGCAAACAUUCUUAACAAAAGCAAGAAGAUGAAAGGCUGGCAAUUCUUACCUUAAUGCAUGCCACAGUGGCUUCCUUUCUGUAUCCUGACAUCCUUUAGAUGGCAGAGUUGAACUACAAGUAUUUUUGAAAACUUUUGUUUCCCAACUUCAUACUCAGCAUAUUGCAUUGAAAUAAAGAUAAUUUCAGCAAGUCAGUUGCUAAAUCCACCUUCAUAAUUAUAGGACAAGCUAUGUUAAUCACAACCCAUAUUUGUAUAUAUCACACAAUGGCUUUUCAAUUUGUUUCAGUACUGUUUUGUUACUGACUUUGGACAUGGGGGAAGGAGUGUUUAAAUAUGGUCUUGCAUAUAUUGGCAACUUCUGUUGAAAAAAUAUUUGAAUAAAAUUCUAUUAAAUUGUCUAUGUUCAAUCCUA